GGUAAGAGGUUUAGAGGGAAUCGGGGGAAGAACAUUCUCACCCCAAGGUUAGUUGGAGACCGGAACACACUGCCCGAGUGUGUGAUGGAGCCUGGUACUGUCACAGUGUUUGCAAGGUAUCUGGACAAGUCAGGCGUGGAAGGCUGUGGACCAAGUACUGAUGGUUUGAGACGUUUCAAAGUGAAGAAUCAUGGUUCAUCGAACAAUAAGAGAGCCUGUCAGACCCAACUACUUCAGUGUCUGCCAGCACACUGAGCAUCAACUGGCUUUUGGGCCUUUUGUUUUGUACGGCUGGUUUGGAACAACAGAUGUGGGUCCAUUCUUCAAGGGGUUUGAUAAAGAAACCAAGCAAAGUUUAUUCCGGAUCCCACCCCAACCCUGCAGCAAGUCUUCAGAUUCCCACUGAUGCUGUUCUGGACUUGAUACUCUCAGGAUGGAGGAUGCGUACAACCUUGGGACACAAGAUGCCGACAGUGAUUUCGGGCAGCUGGACCUGAACGUGUUAACCAGCUCCGAGGCUUCCCUUGUGUCGGCUGGAGGUCCAUUUAUUGCCAUCUGUGAACAACCAAAACAGAGAGGAUUCCGGUUCCGCUAUGGGUGUGAGGGCCCUUCACACGGGGGCCUACCUGGAGCUUCCAGUGAAAAGAACCGCAAGACCUAUCCAAGUGUCAAGAUCUUUAAUUACACCGGUAAUGCCAAGGUUGUGGUGCAGCUGGUGACAGCCAAAGACCCACCCAGACUGCAUGCACACAGCCUGGUUGGGAAGCAAUGCACAGAGGAUGGAGUCUGCAUUGUACAAGUUGGACCAAAGGAUAUGACGGCACAGUUUACUAAUCUGGGCAUUCUACACGUCACAAAGAAGAAUGUUCCGGAGGUGCUGCUGGACAGGAUAUUUAAUGAGAUGUACCAGAAAAAUCCCUUGAACCCAAAGAAUUUUAUUAGCAAGUCCUUGCUAUCACAGCAAGAGCUUCAGCACCUUCGACAAGAGUCUGAACAAUUGGCCAAAGAGAUGGACCUGAGUGUUGUGAGGCUGCAGUUCACAGCCUACCUCCCUGAUGGUGAGGGCAUGUACACACUCCCCCUUGAACCUGUAAUCUCCGAUCCCAUCUUUGACAGCAAGGCUCCAAACGCUUCCAACUUGAAAAUUGUCAGGAUGGACAAAACAUCAGGCUGUGUGCUGGGUGGAGAUGAGAUUUACCUCCUGUGCGACAAGGUUCAAAAAGAUGACAUCCAGAUCCGUUUCUAUGAGGACGAUGAACACGGCUGGGAAGCGUAUGGAGACUUUGGCCCCACAGAUGUUCAUAGACAGUUUGCUAUCGUGUUCCGGACUCCCCGAUACUGGAACAUUUCUAUUGAGAGACCGAUCACCGUCUUCGUUCAACUGAAGAGAAGGAAAGAUGGGGAAACGAGUGAAGCCAAAGCCUUCACGUACUGCCCCAGAGUAGAAGACAGGGAAGAAGUGAAUCGGAAGAGGCUGAAGAGACUUCCACAUUUCUCCGAUCAUUUUGGAGGCGGAGGACCCUCGGGGGGGUCUCCCGGGAUCGGAGGAGGAGGAGCGGGCAGUGGAGGAGGUGGUUUUAACUUUUUAAACUAUGCGAAUAGUUUUGGAGCCCCACUCUGGCCAAACCAGCAGGGGAUGCAACACACAGGGGGAUCACAGGGGGUAAUGGAGCUCCCCUUGGAACAGAGCUCCCAACAGUCACUGCAGGACUCGGACAGAUCCCCAGGGGAAGUCCAACAGGUCACUGACCAGCACGUCCACCUCGCUCAGUCCGAGCAGUUGCUUGGUCUGAGAGCAUUGCAGAUCACCGAGAGGACGGCCCGGGCUUUACUUGACUAUGCCAUCACGGCGGAUGUGCGCAUGUUACUGGCCGUCCAGAGGCACCUGACUGCUAUUCAAGAUGAAAAUGGAGACACGUCCCUGCACCUGGCCAUCAUCCAUCAGAAGCCGCUCGUGGUUCAACAGUUGCUGCAGGUCAUCAUCAGCAUCCCGUGGCAGAACAUCAUCAACGUCCCCAACCAUCUGCGGCAGACUCCGCUGCACCUCGGAGUGAUCACCCAACAGCACAAGAUGGUUGACCUGCUGCUUGCUGCUGGGGCUGAUGCUGCUAUUUUGGAUCGCCAUGGAAACUCCAUUCUCCAUCUUGCUCUGCACAGGAAGGAUGAACAGAUGGUGCUACUGUUGCUGCAGCAGCUCAAACCUCAAGUGCUCAACAAGCUGAUCAAGCUGCCAGACUGUGAUGGACUGUACCCAGUGCACCUGGCAGUGAAAGCAUUGAGUGAGGAGUUGGUGGAUCUUCUACUGAACAAAGGGGCGGAACGAAACGUGGCCGAGCAGAAGAGUGGGCGAACUCCCCUGCACCUGGCCGUGGAGAUGCGGAGCCUGAGGCUGGUUGGGCAUCUUGUAGAUUCUGGUGUGGAAGUUGACGUGCCCACGUUUCAGGGGAACACUGCGCUGCACCUGGCGGCCGGCUACGGAUUCCCGGAACUCGUGGCGAUGCUCCUCGGCGCAGGAGCUGAUCGAAAUGCGGAAAACUAUGAGCCCGUAUUGGACCCUGAUGAAGAGGAUGAUCCGGAUCUGGGGAUCUGCCGUGGACACACACCACUUGACAUCACCAGUGACCAGAAGGUUCGUGACAUUUUACUAGAAGAAUCUUGGAAAUGGAAGGAACAGAAUGAAAAGUCAUCUGAAGUUCAGCAAGGCAGUAUCGCAUCUCUAGGUUCUGAAGCCUUAGGAGAACUGAACAAAGUGCUGAACCAGGAGGUUUCGGGGGUUGGCUGGAUGAAACUGGCUGAGAAGUUGGACCUUGGCUCGCUCACCGAGCUGUUCAAAAGUGCCAAGUCUCCGAGCAAGUCACUGCUGGAUAAUUUUGAUAUUUCAGGUGGAACAAUUGAGCAAUUAAUUAAUGCACUACAACAGCUGGGCUUGGAGAAAGCCGUGAAUAUUAUCCAGAAAACAGAAAUCUACAAAGUGCUUCAGUCCUCAGAUGGGAAGCAGUCAGUGGACAGUGCCUAUGAAAGUGAGUCACAGAAGGACAUCAGUGCACAGGAUAACUUGGCCAACAGAGCACAGAUUAGCGACCAUCUGGUUUAACCUGGAACAGGCUCUGGCUCCUAUAAACAGAGAGAAUAAACGGACUUUGACAUUCCCACCAACUGUAGUUUGUAGAGAGCCAGUCGACAUAACUCUGUUCACCUUUUGCCUGCAAUAAGUGACUUUGUCUGUUUGGAUCCUGCCAGCUCCAUACCAAUGACUAUUGAUUGACUUACAGCUGCUGAUGUACGUGAAGAAGUGUUGGGACUUAGUGAUCAGUUCAACCUCUACAUCAAGGGUCUGCCAAGUGAACGCCAACAGUUUUCAGUGUGCGAAAGGUGGAAUGAAGAGACCUGGCGGUGGACGAUUCAACCGGCUGAUGUUUACGUGUUUAUGCAGAUGAGGGCAGAUCUAAGCUGGAGUUGCCUCUUAGUGUAACGGGCCUGUGAUGUGUAUUUUGUUGGAGGAGGAAGGACUGAGGCGAGCAGCCAUUGAGCUGUACAGCAUAGCAACAGGCCCUUCGGCCCUCUAGAUCUAUGCCAGCCAUCAUGCCUAUCUAUAUUAAUCCCACCUGCCUGCAUUAAUCACCUUGCAGGAUGUGGGCAAAAUGGUGUUUAGCUCUUCGUUCCUGGAGUCGUUUAACUCCCCCUUGCGCCUCUUCCCCCGAUGUCCUCCCUCCCCACAUCCAGUGUCAGCACCCCCACCUCGUAUCGUUCGGUCUCCUUGCUGCGUGAAUCGACGCCAUCAUGAAAAGCUGCAUGUCCGUUGAUAUCUGCAGAUGGUGGUGUCAUUAAUGGGAUAAGCUGGUGGUUCCAUAGAGGGCGGGAGCUGGGUUAUGGGUGCGUGUACGUUAUUCACUCAUGACUACCUUCAACAUACACAACCGGCACCCAUUGCCUUUGGCUUGUCGCGUGUUAUUUUUUAAACGGUAAAAGGAUUAGAUUUCUCACUUGAAUCAUUAUUUUGCAAAAGAAUGUGGAAAACCACUUCAUCCCGGAGCAGAAGUAUGACUCCAAAUGUGAGGUUUUGGAAUAUUCUGAAUCUGCACCAGUGAUUGUUGGCAGUCCUACUCCCCUCCUAAACCCUCAGCUGUUAUAUUUAAGCAACAAUUUUAUGUUAUAUAUGAUGUUAUAUGUGAAAAUUAUAGAAGAGUAACAAUAUUUUAACUGGUGUUGAUAUAGAAUAUGGAGGGGGUGUUGGCAGCAGGGGAUGUGGACACUUGUGUUCAAGCACUCAAUGCUGAUGCUUUGCUCAUUUAUUGAACCGAUCGGAAACAAAACAUCAAAGACAUGCAGGUGAUUGGCAAAGCCUUGCUCUCAAGAUGAGAGCAGGAGUGGAUCAUUCAUCCCUCCGAACCUGCUUCAACAGUCAGUACAAGCAGGGAUGAUACCCUGUCUCAGAACCAUGCCCUCGCUCCCCCUCCCUCCACACUGUGUCUAGAAAUCUAUUUCCUUAAAUAUAUUCACCAUCUGUGGUGUGAAUUCCACAGGUUCUCCACCUUCAGAGUGAAGAAAUUUCCUCUCUACAUGGACCUAAAUAUCUGCUGUAUCUAGACCCUAGCAGCCAGGGGAAACAUCCGCCCUGCAUCCUGCCUGUCAAGCCCUGUCGACAUUUUGUACAUUUCAAUUGGAUCUCAUCUCAUUCUUCUAAAGCUCUGGUGUAUUGCAGGCCAAGUUGUCCCUGUCUCUCCUUGUACAGCAGCCCUGCUGUCCCAGGAAUCAGUCUAGCUUACAUACAUUGUACUCCCUCUACAGCAAGUACAUGCUUUCCUUCAGAUGGAGACCAAAACUGCACACAGUGUAGACGCACCAAGGCCCUGUAUGUUGUAGUAAGACAUCCUUGUUCUUGUAUUCCAUGAAGACUGACUAACUGCUUGCUGUACCUGCAUAUUUGCUUUUAGUGACUGGCGAACCAGAAGACCCAAGUCCAUUUGUACGUCAGCAUUUCCCUGUCUCACUAUUUAAAUAAUAUCGACAGUUGUCCUCCCAAAGCUGACAACUUCACUUCAUGCUGCACCUGCUUUGUAUUUGCCCACUCGAGCAGCUUGGCUAAAUUACCUUGAACCUGAUUUACUGCAUCCUCACAACCCAAACGUAAAUUUAUGUUAAUACAAUUUUUCUGCUGAAUGCAACAAUUUCCCGGUCCACAGAUUGCACUGCUAGUCUGCAUCUAACAGCUCUUGUACGAUGUAUACACAUUGGUACAAGUGAAGAGUGGAAGUUCUGUGGUGAGAGUUUCUGAUGGUAUUUAAACCAAUUUAUAAAAUAAAAACACCCAA